UAAUGUCUCUCUCUCUCUCUCUCUCUCUCUCUCUCUCUAACAUAACAAAGAAUUCGUGUUUCAGUUCAAUAGAUUCUCGUCUCUUUUCGACUUACGACAUCAACAGACCGAAGUAUACGUAUUCGAUACGAUCUGCGUUCGCGAAUUCACGUUUCUGGAUUGAUUAAGAAGAAGAAUUCAAGUCAAGCUGUUGGUAUCUACAAUGGAAGAACAGUUCAUACUUAGGGUUCCACCGUCUGUUUCAGAACGAAUUGAUCGGCUUUUAAGCGAGGAUGCUUCUACUUCCGACGAAAUCCCUUUGGAUUUGUUUUUUUCAGAGGAUGGGAGAAACGGGACGUUUAUGAUUGGAAACGACGAGUUCCCGGCUUCUCUGCUUGAUCUCCCUGCAGUUGUUGAGUCUUUUAAAACUUAUGAUGAUUGUGCAUUAGUCAAAACUGCUGAUAUUGGGCAGAUGAUCAUGGUUAGGGAGCCUGGUGAUCCUGCGCCUAAUACAGUUGAAUACAGACAUGGUCUAACUCCUCCAAUGAAGGAUGCUCGAAAGAGGAGAUUUCGUCGAGAGCCUGACCUUAAUCCGGAGCUUGUACAGCGGGUUGAGAGAGACUUGUUGAAUAUAUUGAGUGGCGGAACGGUAGAAAAUGUACAUGAGCAAGAGGAACCAGCUACGAACGAGAAUGCUAGUAAUGCAAGUAAGAAAGUAUCUUCUUCUUCACCUACACCUGUUGAAAAGCCUGAAGCUCCUGAGACAGGCACUAGUAAUCCAACAGGAGUUGAACCGGAGAGAAGUGAAUCAGAAGAUUCUGAUGAUUCAAUGUGAGUUUAUUAUUAUAUAAAGAGAUUUUUCUUACGAAAGCUUAGAGUUUGCGCAAGUCCUGUCUUAGAAAAUCAUGGAUAAUUAUGUCCCCAUGAUUUGAUGAUGUCUUGUUCGACCUUUUUCAAUGGAAAAGUUGUUUUGCGUUCAAACUACACCAAAGAUUCUGUUUAUUCUAGUUCAAUUUCGGUUAUUUCUUGAAGACAGUUUCAGGAAUGAACCAAAGAUUGAUAGUAAAAGAAAAACCUUAGACUUAAAGAACAAGAACC